AUGAAUACUUGGAAUUAUACACGUAAUCCUGAUUUCAUCCUCAUGGGGCUGACAGAUUCCAAGGAGAUCCAGCUGGUCAUCUCUGUGAUUUUUCUCCUGAUAUACCUGCUCACUGUGCUGGGGAACAUAGGCAUGAUACUGAUCAUUCGUCUAGAUGUCCAGCUUCACACUCCGAUGUAUUUCUUCCUCACCCACCUGUCAUUCCUUGACCUCAGUUACUCAACUGCCAUCACACCUAAAACCUUACAGAACCUGCUGACUUCUACUAAGACUAUUUCCUACAUGGGCUGUUUCUCUCAAAUGUACUUUUUCGUCCUUUUGGCCGCUACUGAGUGUUUCCUUCUAUCAUCCAUGGCUUAUGAUCGGUACGUAGCUAUCUGUAACCCUCUGCACUAUUCAGUUGUUAUGUCCAGCAGAUUCUGCAGUACCCUUCUCAGUGGAUCAUAUGUGCUAGGCGCUCUGGAUGCCACUGUCAAUAUGUUAUGUAUGGCUACAUUGGAUUUCUGCAACUCUAAUGUCAUCCAGGACUUUUUUUGUGACGCAUCCCCACUUAUAGCCCUGUCUUGCAGCAACACACAUGAUAUUGAACUCAUUAUAUUCAUUUUUGCGGGUUUCACACUGCUGUUAUCCCUUAUCACAAUAUCUGCAUCGUACACGUCCAUUCUUUCUACUAUUUUGAAGAUCAAUUCCACUUCAGGGAAACAAAAAGCCUUCUCAACUUGUGCCUCUCAUAUCCUGGCAGUCACCAUGUUUUAUAGUACCAUUAUCUUUACUCAUUUAAAGUCAAAUAAAUCCUCCUUGGGAAAGGAUCAAGUGGCUUCUGUGUUUUACACCAUUGUAAGUCCCAUGCUGAAUCCACUCAUCUAUAGUCUUCGAAACAAAGAAGUAAAAUAUGCCUUCAGUAGAGUUAUAAAGAAGAAAGAGAGAACUCUGGACAACUAA